CGUGCGCAUUGUACCUGUGCGGCAUAUGUAGCGGUUGUAUCUGUACCGCGGCGGUACGGAGCCGGCUGGCGCUCGCUCUCUCGUCCGCCGCGCACACCGCCCGUACGAAUCCGGCAACGCGGCGCUGAGUGCCGCUUCCGGUCAGCGCCGACUGCUGGUGAGGAUCGCGCUACGCACACGCCGCGUCCGGUGCAUGUGUUGUUGUUGGCGCAGAUGCAGUAGAGAGACAACACCGGCUAAUUGUCGGCGAUUAAUUACCAUCAAGACAUCGUUUGGCACGCCGUUCUACGUAGCACACUGCCGCUAUUCCUUUACAUCUGAACAAACAACAGACUGGACAGCGUGAUUAACAGCAAAGCCAGUAACACUAAGCGGACAGUCUGAACGUAUAUAAACUGCCGACGUCGAAGAUGGUCACCUGCUUCAUGCUCGUAAUUCCUUCAGUUAGGUAUUAAGUAUCGCUACAACGCAUGGGUCCCGGUCUUAACAGACACCCGUAACAGUUCUUGCCGUUAAUCACUACGAGCAGCAACAGACGUGAUUUGCACAGCGUAACCGGCCAGAAAUUCACUUUCUACACUAUAACUUUUAUGCAAUUAUUACAACGAUGUGACGAUUGAUUGUUGAGGGUCGACUGGUGACCUUUCCACUAUAGCCCAUAUAUACGCGAUGGCCUCGCGCCUGACGUCCAUCAUUCGUGGCGAGCGGAGCUUUCUCCUGCAUGUCUAUUUAAUUACGCUCUGCGCUGCAGUGACCGUCAAUGUGGUUCAGGGAUUCUCCCUUCCGGUGCUGAGUCUGCCGUCAGCGGCGAGCCGUGCCCACACCGUCAACCGGCAGGUCAUCGUCCAGCCGUUAUCCAUAAACAGCGUGGAUGUCCAACCAGAAGUCGCCCCGCACACGGCCGCCAUUAAUGCGUCCAACAGCGCGGCGGCCCUCUCGACAUCUGCGCUGAAACUGCUCAACAUCGAGCAGUCGGCCUGGUUGCGCAUGCACCCACUGCAGCGCGCCCUGGCCAUCGGCAUCCCCUCCGCGCUCUUCAUCAGCCGCGGCGCCGCCACCGCCGACACCGCCAACGUCGCCCCGCCCACCGGCUUCCAGAUGGACGGAGCGGCGGCAGCGCAUCCCGUCGUUAUGCAGUCGCGCGCCGGCCACCAGCCGCUCAACUUCCCGCCGCCGCCCCGGGCGGCAGGAGAAGUGGAAAGUCCCCCGGUCCUGACGGAGGCGCUGCUGCAUAAUCUCGAGCGCCACCUGGACGGGGAUGCGCCGGCGGUUGCUCCUGCCGCGGUUCCCAGUUCGUCGCCUAUCGGACCGGUCAACAACCGUCCGGCUUUCAAUGCCGGCAACACAGCUGAUCCAAUGAAUGCGGCUGUCUUACCACUGAUUUAUUAUCUGCUAAACGGGAUGAACCCGAUGCGAUUCAACCAGCCGUACGGAGCGAGCGGAGCGGGGCAGUUUAGCGAGGAAAUCGGUUUCCGCAGCCGGCGCAGCGCCGCUCCCACGCCCUCCAUCCACGAGGCGCUGCGCGAGGCUCUCAAUACAACCCAGCGUUUCAACAGCAGCGCCGCACGGACCAACCAGACCAGCGGAGAAUCGACGGCCGGCGGGUGGGAGCAAGCAGAACUGCUGGCCGACAUGCAGCGGCUGGGCGUGACCUUUCCCGGCGCCCCCCGCCAGCUGGUCCUGCCCUCCCACCUCGUCAGCGCCCUGGAGCGGAUGCGCCAGGCCGACGUCACACCGGAAGUGGGUGAUCCGCGGGCCGCCGCCCCGACGGCGGUGGAGCCCAGCGUCCUGGAGGGAUUCCUGCGCAAGGGCGUCGAGAUUGACGCGAAAGCCGGCUUCGAACCGGCGCCGGGCCUGCUGCCGCCGACCAGCACGCCGCUCCCGGUCAGUACCGCCGCGGUCACCGGCAAACCGGCGACGGAUAAGGACAUGUUCUGCACCUGCAUCCCCAUGCCCAAACAGACCACGACGGUGCCGGUGUUUUCUUAAAAAAUCCUCUGUUGCCGUGUUUUAUUUAUGUAGUUUACUGCUUUAACUGUGUCCUGCUUGUACAGCGCUGAACACGUGCGUGGUGAACGUGUAAAUAAACACGUAACUGUGCUAUAUUUCUCCAUUUCCGGUUGGCAAGCCAUUAUACACCGGAAACGCGAAAUAUUUUUUCUAAUGUUUUUCUGUUUUCUUGCCGCUGGGUUUUGUCGAACGGAUGGAGGCUGCCGCUUUGUUACUCAACCAUUGUCGGCGCAGCAUAAGCGUUGACUCACUCGGU